AUGGCGAGCAAAAUGGUUGAGUCAAUGAAGUUUGUACCAGCCCAAGCUCGCAUCUAUGAAGGAAAGGAACCGGUUCAGUUCUUCGUCAUUAUGCAAAGUUUUAUCGUUUUCAAGGGUGGUGUUAGCAGUGGAUACAAGAAAUACAUAGCAGAGAAAGAAGUUGAUGAUGAUACAUACAAUGAGAAUGGUCUUGCUCUAUUCCACAUUCAAGGCACUGGUCCGGAAAAUAUGCAAGCAAUACAAGUUGACCCGGUUGUUUCAUCACUUAACUCCUCAUACUGUUACAUACUACAUAAUGGUUCUUCUGUCUUUACUUGGACUGGGAAUCUAGCAACCUCAACUGAUCAGGACUUGUUGAGAGGCAGCUUGAUCUUAUUAAGCCAAACCUACAAACUAGAGCACAAAAGGAAGGAGGCAAAACCGAAUAUUCGAGCCAAAAGCUCACUAAAGAGCCUGAGAGUGAUCCUCACUUGUUCUCCUGCACAUUCACUAAAGGUGACAGAGAUAUAUAACUUCACACAGGAUGACUUGAUGACAGAAGAUAUAUUUAUAGUAGACUGCCACUCAGAGAUCUUCGUAUGGGUUGGCCAAGAAGUAGUCCCCAAAAACAAGUUACAAGCCUUAACCAUUGGAGAGAAAUUCAUUGAAAAAUAUUCUCUCCUGGAGAAGUUAUCCCCUGAAGCCCCUAUAUAUGUGAUCAUGGAAGGUGGUGAGCCAAGUUUCUUCACCCGGUUUUUCACUUCUUGGGAUUCCUCAAAGUCUUCUAUGCAUGGAAACUCAUUCCAGAGAAAACUUAGAAUAGUCAAAAAUGGUGGAACUCCAGUUGCAGAGAAACCGAAAAGAAGAACUCCAGCUUCAUAUGGUGGCCGUAGUGCCAGUGUUCCAGACAAGUCACAGCAGCGGUCAAGAAGCAUGUCGUUUAGUCCAGAUAGGGUACGCGUGAGGGGAAGAUCUCCAGCGUUCAAUGCACUUGCAGCAACAUUCGAGAGCCAAAAUGCAAGAAACCUCUCAACUCCUCCUCAUGUAGUUAGGAAACUCUACCCUAGAUCUGUUACUCCUGAUUCCUCAAAGCUUGCUCCCAAGUCUUCAGCCAUUGCUUCUCGUAGUGCCCUUUUUGAACAACAACUAAAAACACCUCCCCAAGAACCUUCAAUCCCAAAACCAAUCAAAGUUUAG